AAAAAGAAAAGACAUAAAAACUGCUAGAAAAAGAAAUAAUAAUCCAGAAAAAGAAAAACAAUUAAACAUGUAAUAAAAGAAAUAAAUAAAAUCCGAAAUCGGAAACUAGUUAAAAGAUAACAAAGUGGCAUCUGAUCUAAGUUAACAGCUUCUUACCUUCUUGUCCCUUUCCUUCUCUUUGUUCCUCAUUCUUUAGUUCUUUACCUCAUCUCUCUUUCUUUCUUUCUUUCAUUCAAGAAUCUACAUUAAUAGAAGCCCUUUCUUUCUCUCUAUAAACCCAUUUUUCUUGAUUAUAAUUACCAUUAUUGGAUCAGUAAUACCCAUAUAGAAACAGCAUGGAUCUGGCACCAGAAGAGCUUCAAUUCUUGACAAUACCAGAUAUUUUAAGAGAAUCAAUCUCUAUCCCAAAGCGUUCUCCAAAGGCAUUUUAUCUCAUAACCCUAACCCUAAUUUUCCCUCUUUCUUUUGCAAUCUUAGCCCAUUCUCUUUUCACUCAUCCUCUUUUAUCUCAACUUGAAGAUCACCCGUCUGCAGACCCAUCUCAAACUCGUCAUGAAUGGACUCUUCUUUUGAUCUUUCAGUUCUGUUAUUUAAUCUUUCUUUUUGCUUUCUCUCUUCUUUCUACUGCUGCUGUCGUUUUCACCGUUGCUUCUCUCUAUACCUCAAAGCCUGUUUCUUUCUCUUCUACUAUUUCUGCUAUUCCCAAAGUUUUUAAGCGCUUGUUUGUCACUUUCUUAUGGGUUUCUCUUUUGAUGGUCCUGUAUAACUCUGUGUUUCUUGUUUUCUUGGUUAUUUUAGUUAUUGCUAUCGAUGCCCAGAAUCCCCUUUUAGUUAUUUUCUCUCUGUUGGUCAUUUUCUUGCUUUUCUUGGUCGUUCAUGUCUAUAUUACUGCACUGUGGCACUUGGCUAGUGUGGUUUCUGUUCUUGAACCACUUUAUGGGGUUGCAGCUAUGAAAAAGAGUUAUGAGCUGUUGAAGGGAAGGAUUCGUGUUGCUGUGAUUCUGGUUUUUGGGUAUUUAGCUAUUUGUGGAGUUAUUGGUGGGAUUUUUGGGUCUGUUGUGGUUCAUGGAGGAGACAGCUAUGGUGUUUUUACCAGAAUUGUCGUUGGAGGAUUUUUGGUUGGGGUUUUAGUGAUUAUAAAUCUGGUGGGUUUGCUGGUGCAGAGUGUCUUUUACUAUGUUUGCAAGAGUUAUCACCAUCAGGGAAUUGAUAAGAUUGCUUUGCACGAGCAUCUUGGUGGCUACCUUGGAGAAUAUGUGCCUCUGAAAAGCAACAUUCAGAUGGAGAACUUGGAUGUCUGAGGAGGGGAGUGCAAACGGAUAAAGGAUUGGCAUCAUUUGUAAGUUUCUAUGUACGUAAUCUUUGAUGCAAAUAUGUGGAAUCAUUUGAUGUUAGGUACUUCUUAAAUUUAGCAUUUUCAAUAAAAAUUUGGAGAAGUACUUUGUUUUAGCAGUUUGUAUUUUACUGAGUUUUAGGUAUUAAGCUAUCUCAAGUACUGAAAACUUUUGUUUGAUGGUGACUUUGUAUAACAGAUUAUUGGUACAAUAUAGAUCUUAUUUUCAUGUA